AUGACGAUGCAGACUCCAACACCGCAAGUGAAAUACGCUGAAUUGGACGCAAAUACGGUGUGCGGCAUGGUACCGGGGUUUCGUAGGAAGCAGCACAGGAUAUGCAUGCGUACACCGGGUCUGGUAGCCAGCGCUAUCCAAGGAAUGAUGGUUGCCGUCCACGAAUGCUCCUACCAAAUGAGGGAUCGGCGAUGGGACUGUACUUCGCUGGAGGAAAAAAAGCAAAAUCCAUUUGUGAACCCUAUUAUGGGAAAGGGAUACAAAGAAACAGCCUUUGUACAUGCCAUCGCAUCAGCCGGGGUGGCUUUCCAGGUGACUCGGUCAUGCGCAGAGGGAAGACAUCCAGCCGAUUGUGGUUGCGAUAAAACGUCAAGAACAGCGCCACCUGGAGUUGAUUGGAAAUGGGGCGGAUGUAGUCAUAAUGUGGACUUUGGAGAAGAGUUUGCCCAAAAAUUCUUGGAUAUCAGAGAGAAAGGACGUUCAGAUGUACAUUCGAGAAUAAAUUUACACAACAACGCAGCAGGUCGAUCUAUUGUUUCGAGAUCGCGAGAGAAAAUGUGCAAAUGCCAUGGACCAUCUGCAAGCUGUCAGAUAAAAACCUGUUGGAUGUCCACACCUAAAUUUAGAGAAAUUGGUAACAUUGUCAAACAAAAAUACGACAGCGCAAUUAUGGUGUCACCGGACAAUAACGACGGACGGACGUGGUUUCCAUCGAAUCGAAACCGCCGAGCGAAAGUGGCUGACCUCAUGUAUUCUGAACGCUCGCCAGAUUUCUGCGAACCAAGUGCUUUUCUGGGCACCCCCGGUACCAGAGGGCGCUCGUGCAACAACACAAGCACGGGAAUGGACAACUGUGAUAGUAUGUGCUGCGGACGAGGCUACAAUAUUAAAUCUAGCUCGAAGGUGGAAAAAUGUAACUGUGCUUUUCACUGGUGUUGCUUUGUGACGUGUGAUGACUGUGCGACGUCGCAAUGGGUUAAUGAAUGCAAAUAA